AUGAACCACACUUGGAUGUAUAACCUGAGCUUUGGUGCACCUGCAGAUCCUGUUCAGCCAAGGGCUGGACUCUCACGAAGUGGGCACACAGUAGUGGCUAUUUUUCUUGGAUUAAUCUUGUUUUUUGGUUUCUUGAAUAACUUGAUUGUCCUCAUCCUCUUCUGCAAGUUUAAAACCCUUCGUAACCCAGUCAACAUGCUUCUCCUGAACAUCAGCAUCAGUGACAUGUUAGUGUGCAUCUCGGGCACUACCCUCAGUUUUGCAUCCAACAUCCGUGGCAAAUGGAUCGGAGGGGACCAUGCUUGUAGGUGGUAUGGCUUUGUCAAUUCCUGCUUUGGUGUUGUGUCCCUGAUCUCCCUGGCUGUGCUGUCCUACGAGCGCUACAGCACUCUCACCCUGUGCCACAAGCGCAGCCAUGAUUUCCGCAAGGCUCUGCUGGCGGUCGGUGGCUCCUGGAUUUAUUCCCUGGUCUGGACCCUGCCACCUCUGCUUGGCUGGAGCAGUUAUGGGGUAGAAGGUGCAGGCACAAGCUGUUCUGUACGCUGGUCCUCGGAGUCGGCCGAGUCCACAUCCUACAUCAUCUGUCUCUUCAUCUUCUGCUUGGCUGUCCCCGUGAUGGUCAUGGUGUACAGCUACGGGCGCCUCCUGUACGCGGUUAAACAGGUUGGAAAAAUCCACAAGAAUGCUGCCCGCAAAAGAGAAUACCACGUCCUGUUCAUGGUGAUCACUACAGUUAUCUGUUAUCUGGUCUGCUGGAUUCCAUAUGGGGUUAUAGCAUUACUGGCUACAUUUGGCAAGCCGGGUGUUGUGGCUCCAGUUACAAGCAUCAUACCUUCCAUCCUAGCAAAAAGCAGCACUGUUUGCAAUCCCAUUAUCUACAUACUUAUGAAUAAGCAGUUCAGCUACAUGCCAAAAUAG